GAGCCAAGAGCUCCGGCAGAGGUGUCGCCUGACCGGAUGAUGACAGAAGUUUUAACCGAAGACAGUUACUUUUAUCAUGCGCUAAUCUGUUAUUUAAGCGGACAAGUUCACAGAAUUCAGCCUUUGCCUUCUGUUGUCUUAAUGAAAUAGAUAAAAAGGGAGCAGUGCCAGGCUGCUGUUUCCAUCUGGAAACUUUUUUUUUUUUUUUUUUCCCCUUUUGGAAGAGGGAUCCAUAAUUUGAUCAGCGAGGAGUUCGGGGUAAAGCCCCACAGGGCUCACCGAGGCGCCGCUAUGGGUAACCGGGGGAUGGAGGACCUCAUUCCCCUCAUCAACAAACUGCAGGACGCCUUCAGCUCUAUCGGGCAGAGCUGCAACUUGGAUCUGCCGCAGAUAGCGGUGGUCGGCGGGCAGAGCGCAGGGAAGAGCUCCGUGUUGGAGAAUUUCGUUGGAAGGGACUUUUUACCCAGAGGAUCUGGCAUCGUCACCCGUCGCCCUCUCAUCCUCCAGCUGGUUAACUGUAAAGCAGAGUAUGCAGAGUUCCUUCACUGUAAGGGACGCAAGUUUGUGGAUUUUGAUGAGGUCCGCAUGGAGAUUGAAGCAGAGACCGACCGGCUCACCGGGUCCAACAAGGGGAUCUCCCCCAUCCCCAUCAACCUCCGUGUCUACUCCCCCAACGUGUUGAACUUGACCCUGAUUGACCUGCCUGGGAUGACCAAAGUGGCUGUGGGGGACCAGCCUCAAGACAUCGAGCACCAGAUCAGAGAUAUGCUGCUGCAGUUCAUCACCAAGGAGAGCUGCCUGAUCCUGGCCGUUACUCCAGCCAACACAGACCUGGCAAACUCUGAUGCCCUCAAGAUCGCCAAGGAGGUGGACCCCCAGGGGCUGCGAACCAUUGGGGUGAUCACAAAACUGGACCUGAUGGACGAGGGGACGGAUGCACGCGACAUCCUGGAAAACAAGCUGCUGCCACUCCGCAGAGGUUAUAUCGGAGUGGUAAACCGCAGUCAGAAGGACAUAGAUGGAAAGAAAGAUAUCCGCGCUGCUUUGGCUGCUGAGAGGAAGUUCUUCCUGUCUCACCCUGCAUACAGACACAUCGCAGAACGCAUGGGAACCCCGCACCUGCAGAAGAGCCUCAAUCAACAACUAACCAACCACAUACGGGACACGUUGCCAGGGUUACGCAGCAAGCUGCAGAGCCAGAUGCUGUCACUGGAGAAAGAAGUGGAAGAGUACAAGAACUACCGCCCCGACGACCCGACACGCAAGACCAAGGCCCUGCUCCAGAUGGUGCAGCAGUUUGGUGUGGACUUUGAGAAGUGCAUUGAAGGGUCUGGAGACCAGGUGGAUACCUCCAACCUGUCUGGUGGAGCAAAGAUCAACCGAAUCUUUCAUGAGCGCUUUCCCUUUGAGCUGGUGAAGAUGGAGUUUGAUGAGAAGGAGCUUCGGAAAGAAAUCAGUUAUGCCAUCAAGAACAUCCAUGGAGUCAGGACAGGUCUCUUCACCCCAGACUUGGCUUUUGAGGCCAUAGUGAAAAAGCAGGUCAUUAAGCUGAAAGACCCCUGUCUGAAAUGCGUAGACCUCGUCGUCACCGAGCUUGUCACCCUGAUCAGGAAGUGCACGGAGAAGUUGGACUCGUACCCUCGACUGAGAGAAGAGACAGAGAGAAUCGUCACCACUCACAUCCGAGAGAGAGACAACAAGACCAAAGACCAGGUGCUGCUGCUGAUUGACAUUGAGCUCUCCUACAUCAACACAAACCAUGAAGACUUCAUUGGAUUUGCAAAUGCCCAGCAGAGGACCGCUGCUAACGCCACCAAAAAGAGAGUCAUGCCCAACCAGGUCAUCCGCAGAGGCUGGCUCACCAUCAACAUCAGCAUCAUGAAGGGCGGGUCCAAAGACUACUGGUUUGUCCUGACCGCUGAGUCUCUCUCCUGGUACAAAGAUGAGGAGGAAAAAGAGAAGAAGUUCAUGCUGCCCCUCGACAAUCUGAAGCUGAGAGACGUGGAAAAAGGAUUCAUGUCCAGCAAGCACGUCUUUGCCAUCUUUAACACCGAACAAAGGAACGUGUACAAAGACCUGCGUCAGAUUGAGCUGGCCUGCGACACUCAGGAAGACGUGGAUAGCUGGAAGGCCUCCUUCCUUAGAGCUGGGGUUUACCCAGAGAAGGACCAGCGUGAGAACGAGGAUGCCAUGAACCCUGGAGACACGGUGUCCAUGGAUCCGCAGCUGGAGCGCCAGGUGGAGACCAUCCGCAACCUCGUGGACUCAUAUAUCAGCAUCGUCAACAAGUCCAUCAGGGAUCUAAUGCCCAAGACCAUCAUGCACCUCAUGAUCAACAACACUAAGGACUUCAUCCACUCCGAGCUGCUGGCCUACCUGUACUCGGCUGGAGACCAGGGCAGCUUGAUGGAGGAGUCUGUGGAGCAGGCUCAGAGGAGGGAUGAAAUGCUGAGGAUGUAUCACGCUCUGAAAGAGGCACUCGUCAUCAUCGGGGACAUCAGCACCACCACCGUCUCCACACCGAUGCCUCCACCAGUAGACGACACUUGGAUUGCCAAAGAACCAAGUCCUCCUCCAGCGUCCCGACCUCUCACAUCCACCACAGGCCCACCGAACCGACCCCCAGCAGUGAGGGGACCCACUCCUGGUCAGCCACCCCCUCUCAAUCCUUCACCAGCAUUUGGAGUGCCGCCCGUGCCCUCUCGACCAGGCCCUCCUUCGGUUUAUGAUACCAACUCGGCAGUGCCUCUCAUUCCUUCAAGGCCCGCCCGUGUGCCUCCAGCUCUGCCGCCGGGAAUUCCCAGGCGACCACCACAUACUCCUUCUCGUCCAAACCAGAUGUGAAGAAACCCCCAUGAAGCCUCAAAGGAUCAGCAGCAGGACUCUGCUAGAAGCACCUGAAGGUUAUUUUUUUUUUGCAUAAGACCAUCAUUUUUAAUAAUCUAAACAUGACGGCAACAGCAGAAAUCAAGACGUGAAUUCUCUUCAGAAACUAGAACUGAAUUCAAAAAUACUGAUUAGCUCUGUAUCUAUGGGAAUAUCAAGCUUAAUCGAAGUAAAUAUAUAUACUAUAAAUCUUUUAUCUUUUUCUCUGGUUUAACGAAUACAGCUCAGACACUCUGGUUUAGCUCUUUCUAUAAGGAUGAUGAGUAAUUCUGGUGCCGUGUUUUAGAUGUCUUCCUGCUUAAAAAACACCUGAUUAGGAUAACUAAAACAAGCAGAGUCCUACAGAACUUGGAGACCAACUGGGGAGAUAUUUCAGGUAUUUGAAUAAGCUGCGUAGUUGGAGAAAAACAUGCAGGGAAUGGAAGGACCGGAGUUACCCACAAGGAGUCUGAAGGAUUUGUGAAACCUUACAAGGUAAAACUAAAUGUAAUAAAUGAAAUAGAAAUUAUGCAGUUUGUGUAAAUAUACAAUAUUAACGUUAUCAGUCAUUUACUGUCCCUGUGUAAGGAAUUUGACCUCGUGACCUUUUCUAAGAGGAACUGCAAUACAAGUUUGAGAUGUUCACCAUGUCUAAAGCUCUGAUUUUAGCGCAGCAUGUAAUUCAUUGGUGGAUGAACUUUCAUAACGUUAGCGACUAAUCACCAGUAUUACAGUAACAUCAAUAUGAAAAGUGUGGAAAACACUAUUCAAUGUUUGGAACAAGGUGGUAAAAAAAAUUGCAUACUGUAUAGGUCAACAACUUCCGAAUCUAUGGGAGUUUAAUAUCGUCAGCUUUCUCAUUUCCUGUAGCAGCUAGCUGUACUGCACGCUAAUGCUAGUUUAUUAGAUGGAAACACCGUCCCCCACGACUAUAGAAGUAAAUUGUGCAAAGUUGCUGUUUUGUCGCCCUCUGCCACAACGAGGGGCUGAUCCUUGGAAGGCCCCCACUUGCAGAGCUGAUCCAUAUCUGAGUUAGUUCAUGCUCAGCAUGUCUGAUAUGAAUGUAUUAUUUAAACUUUUAGUGCCAACCUUUAGUCAUCACCAGACGAUGGAAGGGUUAUUUUGCGUUUCUUUUAAACAGAAGAGCUGAAUCUGCCAAAAUACUGUCUGUACAUUUGUGUUGCCAUGCAAUUUGUGAAUAAAUAGUGGAAAUAAUCUUAAAUAGAAAAAUUAGGACAAAAAAAAACCGACGGUGUAAUCACAGGAUUUGUAUCGAUUUUCUUUUUCCAAGUUUUAUGCAAUUCCAGACAGAUUUUUUCAGCGGUCUCUAAUUGCUCUGAAAAUUUGAUAAGACUGUUUUAUUGCUUAUUGGCAUCUUGAUCAACUUGGAUUAUCUUUUUGUUCUAAAUCUAUUGUAAGGGUUGUCAAACCUGGAUUUCAUUGUUCUUCACUAAUAAACAUUUGAAAGCA